GAUAACGUGAGCGAAGUUAUGCGCUGGUGGUUGGUAGCGGUAACAUGGCUAUCACCCUUGAAGAAUGAACGGCACAGGACACCGCACUCGAAAACAAAAUAUCCCGCCCUCCAUUAUUACCAUCCUAACCUCCGAAUAUCCCUCCCUCUCUAUUUUCUUCCAUAAAUCACUCCACUCUCCUCAACGCAUCAUCGUAUUUCAUUUCAUUUCCCUCCCCCCACUCCCACCGCCAACGCCAAACAAACCCUAAAUCUCUCUCGUCUUCUUCUUCUUCUUCCUCCUUCAACCAUGAGAGAGAUCCUGCACGUUCAGGGAGGCCAAUGCGGUAACCAAAUCGGUUCCAAGUUCUGGGAGGUGAUAUGCGACGAGCACGGCAUCGAUCCUACCGGAAAGUACAACGACGAAGGCAACAGCGGCAUCCAACUCGAGAGGAUCAAUGUCUAUUACAAUGAGGCCUCUGGCGGAAGGUACGUUCCGAGAGCCGUGCUUAUGGAUCUCGAACCUGGAACCAUGGACAGCAUCAGAUCUGGCCCCUACGGCAAGAUCUUCCGCCCUGACAACUUCGUCUUCGGCCAGUCCGGCGCCGGUAACAAUUGGGCCAAAGGUCAUUACACCGAAGGCGCCGAGCUGAUCGACUCCGUUCUCGAUGUCGUUCGCAAAGAGGCUGAAAACUGCGAUUGCCUGCAAGGUUUUCAAGUUUGCCACUCUCUUGGAGGAGGCACAGGUUCUGGCAUGGGAACACUGUUGAUAUCAAAAAUUAGGGAGGAAUACCCAGACAGAAUGAUGCUCACUUUCUCUGUUUUCCCAUCUCCAAAAGUUUCUGACACAGUUGUGGAGCCAUACAAUGCCACUUUGUCUGUACACCAACUGGUUGAAAAUGCAGAUGAAUGCAUGGUUCUUGACAAUGAAGCACUUUAUGACAUUUGCUUUAGGACAUUGAAACUCAGCACCCCUAGCUUUGGUGAUCUCAACCAUCUGAUUUCUGCGACCAUGAGUGGGGUUACCUGUUGUCUGAGGUUUCCUGGACAACUGAACUCUGACCUCAGGAAGCUGGCUGUCAAUCUGAUUCCAUUUCCCCGUCUUCACUUCUUUAUGGUGGGGUUUGCACCUCUCACUUCUCGUGGGUCUCAGCAAUAUGUCUCCCUUACUGUCCCAGAGCUGACUCAACAAAUGUGGGAUGCCAAAAAUAUGAUGUGUGCUGCUGAUCCCCGACACGGCCGAUACUUGACUGCAUCUGCUAUGUUCAGGGGAAAGAUGAGCACCAAAGAGGUUGAUGAACAAAUGAUCAAUGUGCAGAACAAGAACUCAUCAUACUUUGUUGAAUGGAUUCCCAACAAUGUGAAGUCCAGUGUGUGUGAUAUUCCACCCAGGAAUUUGAAGAUGUCAUCCACCUUUAUUGGGAACUCGACAUCAAUUCAAGAGAUGUUUAGGAGGGUCAGUGAGCAGUUCACUGCUAUGUACCGGCGCAAAGCCUUCUUGCAUUGGUACACUGGGGAGGGUAUGGACGAGAUGGAGUUCACUGAGGCAGAGAGUAAUAUGAAUGAUUUGGUAGCAGAGUACCAGCAGUACCAGGAUGCAACCGCAGAGGAGGAUGAUGAAUACGAGGAUGAAGGUGAGGAGCAGUAUGUUGAAUAGUAGCUGGAUCAAUCUUGGGCAAUGCUCUGAUGGUAAUUACCAAUGGCGUGAUGAUAACUACUGGCACCGAUCUAUACCAUCACUGAUUUACAUUUGCUGCUAUUCGUGUAUCUACUGCCAUAUGAACUCUAUUUCAUUCCCAUUUAUCUCUGUUUUUUUACAUUUUGCCAAUUUCGUCUAUAUGUUCUGCUUUUGAAUUGUUUGGAAUUUGGCCGGUUAGACAAUAGUUGAUUAUUCUAUACUUCCAAUUGCUAAGCAUGCAAGUGUAUGAAAAGUUUUGUUUCCUCGCAAA